UAAAUGGAGUUUGAAACAGUGAAGAAACACUUGGAGAAAGGCCUCGACGGCAAUGGCAAUGGCAUACUUUCUCGGUUGUUCGACGACUUCAUCAUGCAAGGUCUGGGACUCCGAGUCGAGUUGAUCGAGCAGGGCCGACUCCUUUGCUCCAUGAAAAUCCCAGUUCGAUUUCUGAAUCCUAUGAACGUGUUGCACGGCGGAGCCACCGCAUCACUGGUGGACUUGAUUGGUUCUGCGGUUAUACACACUUAUGGACUUCCCACUGGAGUUUCGGUGGAGAUUACCGUCUCUUAUUUGGACACUGCUUUUGCUGAUGAGGAGAUAGAGAUCGAGGGCAGGGCGUUGCGUAUAGGGAAGACGGUUGCCGUCGUGAACGUCGAGUUUCGGAAGAAAAAGACAGCCGGAAUAUUUGCACAGGCUCGUCAUACCAAGUACCUCCCUCCCCAAACUAGAAUGUAG